AUGGCGGAGUCUUCUCGACGGAUCCAUCCGUUGUCUGAUGAUGUUCGUGCUCAGCUAUCGUCUUCCAUCGAGAUUACCUCCCACGAACAGGUCAUGACGGGACUUCUGGAAAAUGCCCUCGAUGCAAACGCAAGAUUUAUCGCGAUUUACCUGAAUCUCGCAAGAGGCUACUUCUCAGUACUGGACGAUGGCAUGGGCAUCCGAAAGGUCGAAUUCUCUCAGAGUGGCUACUUGGGGCAAAUAAACUGUCAGUCGAUGAGUUCUGGUCAGAGCACCGAGCAAGACGCAUUUACUAAUCAACUACUAGGCACCUCCAAGUCAGAAUCUUCAGUUGAUAGCUAUGGUCGGUUCGGCCGCUUCCUGUCCUACCUGUCUGUUAUAGCACUUCUUUCGAUAACGUCACGCCACAAAUCCGAAACUCGUGCCAGCAGACUCAUACUCCGUCGCGGCCAGGUCGUCCACCGAAAUCUGAGCCUUGAUGAGUCUGGCAUUGAUAUCGGCCGAUCUGGCACCAAGAUUGAGGUUCAUAAUCUCUUUGGGGAUAUUCCAGUUAGAUCAAAACAUAUGUACGCUCGCUUCUCUUCGACAGCGGAGAUUGAGAGGACUUUUGACCUUUUACGGAGGGUUCUCACCGGUUAUCUACUUGCCUACUCAGGUCAGAUAGAUCUAUCCUGCAUUCUUAGCGGAACUUCACGAAAACUAGUUCACCGAAGACCAAAUCCCUUGGCGUUUCCAACCCAAGUUACACUCGAAAUGGUAACAUCCGUACUUUCACAGACCAAAUCCGGGUCAGCUGUCGAAUCCAAGAGCUGGAGAUUUGCUUCUGUUCGCACAGCCAAAUAUUUCAUCAGCGCCGCAAUAUCGGUGGAACCAGCACCAUCUCCGUACCACCAAUACCUCUCGCUUGGAAACAUUCCUGUCCAUGCACGCGGGGAUCAUAAUUUGCUCCUCAGGACCAUUAACGACCAGUUCCAAAGGUCGAAUUUCGGAAAGGAUUUCAACGUGCCACGCUCUGAAAGCACUGAAACCAUGCUGCAGAGAAUGAUCACCGAAAAUCCAGGACCUCUUAACACAACCAAAAGUGUUGACCGCUGGCCGAUGUUCUAUAUUCGCGUCGAUGGCUUACCUAAUCACGAGGCAAGAGAGCUUUCACAAGAUACUACCUCCUUCACUAUCAACAAUGUCAACAAUUCCAUCACCCGAGCCCUGGACUCAUUAGUUUCUCAUUUCCUCGAUGCGGAGCACUUGAAGCCAGCCUCAAUGACGACAAGGCCCCAGAAACUUGGUCGGAGCCAUCAGAGCUAUGGUCCAAAUAUAAAUCUGCCUGCAUUGAUGAGAAGAAGUGAACUCGCAAAUUUGGAUACUACUUCACAAAUUAGUCAGUGGCAUCGUAUCAAGAGCGGACGCUCGAAGCCAGAAGAUAUCGACUAUGGAUUGCCUUUUGCCAAGUCAACUAGAAACCACCACACCCAGACCGACCUAGCCAGAGAUAGUCAACUACUUUAUGACAACUUGAGCUCUGACGAAAUCGACCUUGAUAUUCCGAUCUCCGAAGAAUCUCUGUCUACGUCAGACAAAGGAAGCACUUCUGACCUUGGCUCCCAUACCGCAGUUGAAAGAGAUUUUCUUGGAGAGAGCAGUGUUUGGACCAACCCUCGUGACGGCCGCACCGUUCAUGUUGACUCCCGAACGGGUGCAACGAUCUCGGCAAGUCACCAGCAACUCAAUGCCACGAUGCCGCUCAAUUCGCAAGUUGUUCGUUCGACCAAGAAAUACCAGACACAUACACUUGGCUUGCAUCACCCAGACAAAUCAACACUCGCCCAACCCCAUGCUGACCGUGCUCGAAAUCUUAAGCCUUACGGCGAAGGCCAAGUUCUUCGGCGGGAGGCCCCCAUCGCUACGAUUGGAACAGGCGGGCCCCUGACUUUGGAUGAGACAGGAUCUCCUUAUUUAUUUCAGGAGAGAAAUCAAGUGUCCAAGGAAGACCUGGCUCAAGCAAAAGUGCUUGGACAAGUGGACAGGAAAUUUAUCCUUAUCACCUUGAAUAACCUGGUUAUCCUUAUUGACCAGCAUGCAGCUGAUGAAAGGGUCAAGCUGGAGCACUUAUGCCAAGAGUUAUGCAUUGGAAAUCCCAGCGACCUUGAACGACCUCUUGUCUUCGAGAUUGAAGAAGAUGAAACGGCCCUCUUCAAAAUGUGGCAGGGAUAUUUUCACAAAUGGCAAAUCAAGUAUGAAGUGCAGGACGUCAGAUCAAAACAACGGCUUCAGGAUCAGGUGCUGAGACAGGGAUUUUUUUCAAUCAGAGUGGACGCCCUUCCAAAGCUUAUAGCAGAGCGUUGCCGAGCUGAGCCCAGAUUGCUCAUUGAGCUUCUACGGAAUGAGUUAUUCUCCAAUCGGGCUCAGAGCAAGCUGGAGACAUGUUCACAGACAGACUCAAGGCUAGAGUCACGGCGAUCGUGGCUGUCCAUUGCUGCCUCCUGUCCCGUGGGUGUUCUCGAAUUGCUGAAGUCGCGGUCCUGUCGAACUGCGAUUAUGUUUAACGACAUUUUGGAUGUGGACGAAUGUGAAGAGCUUGUCAAACGCCUAUCCAAGUGCGAUCUUCCCUUUCAGUGCGCCCACGGACGACCCACUCUCACCGUGCUGACGGAUGUUGGACUGCUGGGUCAACAUCCUGAGAAUAGAGCCGCUGGAGCAGAGGCGGAAGCGCUCGGAUAUAGAACGCUUGGGUUUGGGGCGGCAUGGCAAAAAUGGAUCUCGAGAUCCUAA